CCUCUGUCUCCUUUUGCUCUGCCUGCAUCUCAGUGUCAGCAUGGCGGCUUUAGAAAUCCGAGAGUGUGAGACUGAUGGCUGUAGCAGUGAGGCCAAACUGCAAUGUCCAACCUGCAUCAAAUUGGGGAUCCAGGGUUCCUACUUCUGUUCACAGGAAUGUUUUAAAGGGAGCUGGGCUACCCACAAGCAGCUUCACAAAAAAGCAAAAGAAGAUAAGACGAAUCAGGAUUCAAGCAAAGGUGUAGAGAAUGAUGUCAAUACAGACCCCUGGCCUGGCUAUCGAUUUACAGGCAAACUGCGGCCCUGCUAUCCACUGACUCCAAUGAGGCCUGUACCAAGCUACAUCCAGAGACCUGAUUACGCUGAUCAUCCAUUAGCUGCAGAAGUGGGCCUCAUGGCAGGAAUGUCCGAGUCAGAGCAAUCCCUAAAGGGCACCUCCCAGAUUAAAAUCCUUUCUUCAGAAGAUAUAGAAGGAAUGAGGGUGGUGUGCAAGCUUGCUAGGGAAGUGCUGGAUAUAGCCUCUUUGAUGAUAAAGCCAGGAAUUACUACUGAAGAGAUUGACCAUGCUGUGCAUCUGGCAUGUACUGCUAGAAACUGCUAUCCUUCUCCACUAAAUUAUUACAACUUUCCCAAGUCCUGCUGUACAUCGGUAAACGAAGUGAUCUGCCAUGGAAUUCCAGACGGCAGAGCCCUGGAAGAUGGAGAUAUUUUAAAUGUGGAUAUAACUGUGUAUCGCAAUGGGUACCAUGGGGAUCUUAACGAGACCUUCUUUGUUGGGGAGGUGGAUGAGGCAGCCAAAAAACUAGUGCAGACUACUUUUGAAUGCCUAAUGCAAUCCAUUGAUUCAGUAAAGCCAGGUGUUCGCUACAGGGAGCUGGGCAACAUAAUCCAGAAACAUGCACAAGCCAAUGGGUUUUCUGUAGUAAGAAGCUACUGUGGACAUGGGAUUCAUAAACUGUUCCACACUGCACCAAAUGUACCACAUUAUGCUAAAAACAAGGCUGUUGGGGUGAUGAAGCCUGGGCAUGUGUUCACCAUAGAGCCAAUGAUUUGUGAAGGUGGUUGGCAGGACGAGACCUGGCCGGAUGGCUGGACCGCAGUGACUCGUGACGGGAAGCGGUCUGCCCAGUUUGAGCACACUCUGCUGGUGACUGAAACUGGCUGUGAGAUCCUUACGCGACGCUUGGAAGACAACGGCCGCCCGCACUACAUGUCACACAUUUAGGAGUUGCUGCUGUCACUGCAGUGCACUGUUUACAUUACAGUAACAGUGCCUGUGGGAUUUCAACAAUUGUUUUGCGCGCUCUUUUUUUUUUUUUUUUUUUUUUAGUAUUUAAAGACACCCGGUUUGAAUUUCCUAUAUUGGGUAUUUUAUAGUCAAGAACCACUGACUUUAGUAUCCUCUUAUGUUCUACACAGGAUUUGACUAAGAUGACUUUGUUAAAAUGAAGUUUCAUAAUCAUACAUGAUAGCUCAGCUUUUUCCUGGCAGUAACUUCAUAAUUUGGUGGUGCUUCACUGUAGAAUAUGCCAAAAUUACAUUCAAAUCAAUUAGGUAAUGUUACCGGUGUGAAUUGUUAAACCUGGUGAACAAUACAGUUGCUGGACAGCUACAAACACUAUUAGGAACCAAGAGGAGGAAAAUAAUCCAAAAUGGAAAAAAUAUAUAUAUGUAUAGAUCUAUUGAGCUGCAGUACUGAAAUAUUUUCAUUGACCACAGUGGGAUUGCAAAUGUUGAGGUAAUAGCUUACCUAAUUUAUCUGAUAUGAUUUUUAGACACACUCUGUUUAGUAAAAUGUGUGGCUUGUACAAAGCAGUAAUGAGAGAAAAAGCAUGUUUGGUCUAACAACGAUUCUCUGAAACGUCAACCAGGUCCCAUUUUAAUUUCCGACAAUCUUCCUGUAUUUCUACAUUUUAUUUAAAAGGACAAACUAAGACCUUGAAGCUGGAGGUGGUUCUUUCUUAGCAGUGAAGUUACAGUCUUACUUCAGAAAGCAGCAUACAAAUAAGAGAGAGAUCCCACUUAAACAGUAUUUUAAAGUUGCCCUAUGGCACUGAUAUUUCCCCCACCUUUAGCACUGGAUUGUGGUUGUGUUGUCUUAUCAAUAAGUGCCUCACUUCAUAGUAAAACACAUGCACCAGACUAUUUUAUUGUUCAGAUGGAAUGUAUUAUAAAUCUACACAAGUGAUUUGCAGAUUUUUAAAUAUAGGGAGGUUGUAAAUGUUUUUACAACAGAUUAAAUUGUGGCAAUGCUAUCUUACAUGUACUUGUUUAAGACACAGCUGUGUGGAUUCCUAAAGCCACUGCAUCUCCACAGAGGCAGAGGGCUUAUUCAGCUUUCCAUUUAAUAAUAAAAAAUAAAUACAUUAA